UGAAGCGCCACGUCGGUGAAUUAAAGAAGCUUUUUUUGGGAUUUUGUGCUACUAGGUGGCGCUGGUGAGUUAUUUGGGAGGAACAAGACUGUUGGAAAAAAAAGACAUUUCAUCCGGUGUUUACAUUCAAGAGCACCUCAGCUCAGUCGCUCUAAGAUGGACGGUGGUGGAGCGUACGGUGGUGGAAAAGCUGGUGCACCCUUCGACCCAAUUGCAUUUGUACAAAGGCCUCAAGUUAUCAUAAAAGCACUAUGUUUGCUUUUCUCGAUAAUUGUCUUCGGGUGUAUCAGCAGCAAAGGAUACAGAGAAGAUCUCAAUGGAAAAGAAUACUGCCUUUAUAAUAAAGACACAAAUGCUUGCCAGUAUGGUGUUGGCAUUGGCGUUAUUGCAUUUUUAGCAUCUAUUGGUUUUCUUGCUGGCGAGUAUUUGUUCGAGCAAAUGUCUUCUGUUAAAACUAGAAAGCAUUAUGUACUUGGAGAUCUUGGAUUUUCUGGAUUUUGGGCAUUUUUAUACUUUGUUGGAUUUUGCUAUCUGACGAACGCCUGGAACAAGUCUGAAACACCAAAAGAUGGUUACGGAGUUAAUAAUUUACAAGCAGCUAUUGCAUUUUCAUUCUUCUCGAUUUUCACAUGGGCAGGAAGUGCUUGGUUUGCAUUCCAGCGAUUUAAACAGGGAACAGACGCAGCAUUUGCACCGAGCUACGAAGCGGAUCCAGUCGGCGGUGCUGGAUACACGAGUUAUCCCGACGCGACGGAUGCGGCUUACCAAGAGCCCGGGUAUCCUCAACAGCAGCAGCAACAGCAGCAGCGAGGUAUGGGCGAGUUCCAAGCACCUGCUUACUAAAGAGACCAUUGAUAGUUAAAAAAAAAAAUAUAACAUUAAAUAACAAAAAAAAAAAAAAAAAAGAAAAAAAAAUCACAGAAGAUUAUUUUGAAAAAAUAAAUAAAAAUGCACAGAGGUACAGCCGUUCACUUACUUAUUGAAUGAGACUAAAUUUAUAAACGCGACCUUGUUUGCCUCUAUGUUAAAUAGUAUAACAUUCUACAUAAAAAAAAAUUUAUUUAAUAAAUAACGUAGUACUCAUUUUUUCAUAUCAAUACUGUAAUUAUUUUAUUUACAAUUAUCUUACAAUUAGCCGUAGGAUUAUUAUUUAUUUAUUUAUAAUUUAUUACUACUUAUAUAGAAUUGCUUUUGUAUAUUUACAAUUAACUUUUUAAAGUAACAAGUCCUCGAGCUCCAAUUUUUUUUUUUUAUUUAAUAUUAUAUACAGCGUACUUAAUAUUUAAUAUUUUAUUAUUAGCAAGGAUCAUUACUGUACAUUUUAAAACGUGAGUUAUAAACAGGCCUCAUUGCGAGCAUGUAGAAGUUAAAAAUAAUU